ACGGGUGUCAUCUCUUUUUUACCGUAGGGAAUGUGCUUUAUAUUGCGGACGUCCGCACACAAUGCUCUCAGGUAGCAAAUGCCCUUUUUGAGUUGCAGUACCCAUAGGGUACAUUUAGUGGAUUGGCAUUGAUGGUCAAUGACGUGGGGGAGGACGCAUACUUGUACUUGGGCUCUGUGGACGGGAAACUUUUUGGAGUGCAGUUGAACAGUUCUGGCAGAGGCUGUGUAUUAGAAGUGGAACCAAGCAUUCCGCCCGCAGCUGAAUAUGCCGUAGAAUCAAAACCAAGCAUUCCGCCCGCAGCUGAAGGUGCCGUAGAAUCAAAACCAAGCAAUCCCCCUGCAUCGGGACCUGUCAUCACUGUUCUGGUAACCGCUGUGGUGGCUGGCACAGUGGUCGCCACGGUAGUCAUUGCCAGCUUGAUUUGCCUAUGGCGGAGAGCGCGCCGACGACCAGCUGGUCCGGAACGUCCCCUGGAAGGCGGUGAACAAGCGACUUCAUCUUUAAUGGAAAAUGAAGCGUUGGACGCGUGGGGAAUUAUGSCGUCCCGGGUCAAGCAGUUGCCUUUCAGAAUCCUGUCGGAAUGUACGGACAAGUUCAACGAGGGUCGAAGAAUCGGGGAGAGAGGAGCGUUUGGGAAGGUUUACAGAGGCUCGCUCGACGGCAAGCUAACGGACAUCAAACGGAGCCAGUUUGUGGCCGAGGUGAACACCCUCAGCGGCCUCAAUCAUGCUAACCUCGUACAGCUAGUCGGGUACUGCGUCGCGGCCGAUCACUGCAUCUUGGUGUACCCGUUCUUCAGAGGACACAGCCUGCACGGGCGGCUAUUUCCCAAGGCCGUCAGUGGGAGGGAUGCGAAAGAGCCGGACACGGACCAAAGCGUCGAGAAUCCAUCCCCUCCGCUGACGCUUCUGGAGCGCAUGAGCAUCGCCUUCCAGAUUGCCAAGGGGCUCGGCUACCUUCACGACUUCGCCAGGCCCCCCAUUAUCCAUCGUGACGUAAAGAGCAGCAACAUUCUGCUCGGCGAGGGAUCUGGCGAGAAGCUUCACGUCGUCGUUGCGGAUUUCGGAUCAGCAGCCAUCGGGGAGAGGGUGUUAGACACAGGACAUGACCACGUCGUGCUGACCUCUCACAUCGGCGGCACUUUCGGGAUGUGCAUUGACUAUAGGGGCCUGAACAAGAUCACUAGGAAGAGCGCCGAACCCUUGCCUAGGAUCGAUGACUUGCUGGACAUGGUGCAAGACUGCAAAGUCUUCAGCAAAAUUUAUCUGAAAUCCGAGUAUCAUCAGAUCGAAAUGGCUGAAGAGGAUGUCUACAAGACAACCUUUAAAACCCGGUAUGACACCUAUGAGUUCCUGGUCAUGCCUUUUGGUCUGUGCAAUGCACCAGGAACAUUCCAGAUUGAAAUGAAUCGCAUUUUCAGACCUUUCCUUGACCGCUUUGUUGUGGUGUACCUGGAUGACAUUCUGGUAUACAACAAAGAUGCCAAGGAGCAUGCAGACCACCUCAGGAAAGUUCUGCAGGUCCUGAGGGAACAUAAGUACAAACUAAACAAAGAGAAAUCAUCAUUUGGUGUUUCCUCUGUUUUGUACCUAGGUCAUGUGAUCUCUGCAGAUGGUAUAUCCCCUGAAGCCUCUAAAGUGGCUGCAGUCAGGGAAUGGCCACAGCCACAGACUGUGAGGGAUAUCAGAUCUUUCAUGGGGUUAGCUUCUUACUACAGGAAGUUCAUCAGGAACUUUUCCUCUUUUGCUUUCCCCUGACAAAUCUGUUAGCCAAGGAUGUUCCCUUCAGGUGGUCCACCACUUGUCAGCUGGCUUUCUCCAGAUUGAAGAAAGCACUUACCCAGGCACCUAUGCUGAAACUACCUGACCCUACCUUGCCAUUUGUGUUGACCACAGAUGCAAGUCAGUAUGGUGUUGGUGCAGUCUUUCAGCAAGAUGAUGAGACCGGCCUGAAACCGGUGGAAUUCAUGAGGAAGAAAAUAAAGGUGCAAAGAAUUC